AUGUUCACUGAGAAGACUAACACUGCUGUACCUCAGAAGCCAGGACAGAAGAAGACAAGACCUCAGGGUCUUCCAUCUCCAGCUCUGUGUUGUGCCUGUGGCCUCUGCAUCAUGUUGGCAGGAAUUAACAUAACUCUUGUAGGAGCCUUUGCAUUUGGUACCUUCUUACCUGUGAACAAUCCCCCCAUCAUUAUUGGGCCCAUCUUGCUAGUGGUUGCCUUCACCUUCUUUGCAGCCUGUUGCAUCUGCAGUCGGAGACCUCCAGCUCAUGGCCAGAGGAAGUCCAAACCCGGCUCCAAUAUUGGCAUCAUUAAGCCGGGCCAUGCCACAUUUGAGAUAGAGACCAGUGAGCAUACAGUGCAAGACACGACUGCAGUCCAGCUCAGCCCCACAAACUCACCAGUGUCUUCGAAGAAAUCCACUCCAGUCCAUGAAAACUCAAAGACGUGCAAACUGUUCACAAUGGAUGCCAACAAUCCUGGAGCCAAGUAUACAGCCAGUGCUGAGGCGAUACAACUGAACCUUCCCCGUGACUUGGGCUCAUCAUCAUAG